AUGAGCGUGUCUAUAGAUGACCUCGUAUCCUCCCUCAAUGCGAAUCACAUUGGUCAAGAGGCUAUCGACCUUGCAACUCUACAGGCGCAGCUCGCGCAGACGUUAUUUGCACACCAAAUUUCACCCUCUUGUGCAUUGUCUAGCUCACCUAACUCGUGUGGAAAUGCGAGCGCUAGUAAGUGUGACCCCACACACGUGCAACAUUGCACCACACCUACUACGCGUACACCUUCUUCAUCUGUCUCGUGGCCUCCAGGCUAUAUCCCGAUUGAAAUAACUCAGAGGAAGCGUAACAACAGCAUCAUUUGUCCGCGCUCCCGUCGACAAAGUGUAGACGAGGGAUGGUGUGACCCAGACGAGCUGGACGAGGAACGCAUGGUUGAAGACAUGAUAAUCCCAUCCUCCCCGCAAUCUCCAAAAACCUUCAUUUGGGGUUACACGGGGUUGAAAGGUGCACCAACCCCUGCGCCCACGCCUAUGACGAUUGUCGGCACGCCGGUUGAAUCCCAAACUCUAUUUACCACCACAGAUCCAUUUUACCUACAAGCCUCCCAAGCAAAUGCGACCCCGCCCUCGUCAUUCUUCACAAACGCAGGUCGCCCACCUAAUCACUCGCCCUUUGUGAGAAGCAAUUGGGAAAGUGCCCCUGCCCAGUCUGCUGCGUGGGAACACUGA